GCCAGCUCCGACACACAGCAGCCUUCCAACCAGCUUUUCAAUCGAUGAAGUACUUCCUCGGGGCUGCCGGUGUCGCUGUCGCGCUCACCCGGAGCUGGUUCUACUUGACUUUCCAGCCGAUUCUACUGUCAUCUGACGAACUCUCGGACGUCUGCACCGUCAACCUCACGGCCACUUCAACUUGGACUGCCAACGAAUCCUUCGUCUCUUCCUUGAGUGUCGUCCACACCGUCGACCGUGCUGCUGAGAUCGCGUACAUGGCCAACAAUCUCAAGAACGAGAAACGUUCGUGGCCCAUCGACGGUCAAGAACUACCGGUCUACGUGGGUCCAGUAGCUCGACCAGGCUCCGUCUUUGCCAAGCUACAAACUCAAGACCUCGUACAGCUUAGUGCUCUGAAACCAGACACGCCCGAGCUCAUGGCCGCGCUGGCCACGCGCUGGUUACCGCAGCUUACCUCAACGGAAGCCUAUACGCGCUUCUACGAGCUGUUUCACCCCAUAGUGGACGCCCCCACAGACUCUGUGGACCACGGAGACGUCGGCUUCGGAGCCUCCCGAUUGAGUCUACGCGGCUUCAACUUGAGAGCCAUUCGAGACACUGAUGACGACCCAGAGGACGAGACGCUCAGUGCCGAAAACAUAAAGAAAGUGUGUGGAGCUGGAGCUUCACUGCGGUCUCUUCGAGCCGACAAGAAGCUGUUCGUAGUAGAUCUGGCUACCAUCGGUCAAUGGGGAGACCCGUCCGUGUCUAGAGUCGAGAAAGUGAGCGAUACUGUGGCUGGAAAGUAUCUGCCGUCCGUGAUCGGCUACUUCUGCUUCAACGAGCAACUCUUGCCUUUGGCUAUUAAACUCGUAGACUCGGGUAUCACGUACACGCCGUUCGACUCUCCGGACGAGUGGCAACUGGCCAAGACGGCACUGAAUGCCGCCGAGGCCACGUUCCAGCAGAUGCAGCACUUCUCCGAGAGUCACACGCUGUCGAUCCCGAUCCGAGUGGAGCUGUAUCGAACGCUUGCAGAGAAACACCCUGUGCGAGCUCUGUUACUGCGUCACUUCGCUCUGGACUUUGGUCUGGAGCAACAGGCUGGCGUUGUGCUCUUUAACACGUCCACGCCGCUGGAUCGGACCUUCGGGAUCGGAGCUGCCGGGUGCGUCCGGUUGUUAGAGGACCAACGCACCCGCAUCUCGUUGCUGGACGACGUGUACAGCGACGCCAAGGAGAGAGGCAUCCAGCAGUUGCCACACAAGUACGUGGCGUACGGGAAACUCCACGCCGACGCCAUCUCCUCGUUUGUAAGUAGUUUCCUAGACGUUUAUUACGCGGACGACGACGCUGUGCAGACGGACGUGGAGCUGCAGCAAUGGGCUGUCGCGUGUGCUACGAUUCCGCAUCUGCACGCCUUCCCGACGGCAUUCAAAGACAAAGAAAUCCUACGCAAACUCCUGACGAGACUCAUCUAUCAGAGUGUCGUCAAGCACCACGCGAUGAACGGAGAAGUGACCUGGACGACCGUGGCCAUGCCUUACAGCGCCGCUGCGCUCUGGAAGCCAUUGCCGAGUCACAAGGAGCGUGAUGGUCACCCGAAGAUCGAUCUGUUCAGCUACCUGCAGCCGCGCGAGCUCUUCCCCGCCAUGAUAUUCCUCAGCGCACUUUUCAAUCGUCCACGACCGGAGGAGACGACGCUGAAGUCGGUGUAUCACGUGUCCCCGUUCAUCGACGACCCGAGACUACUACCAGCCAUCGGAGCGUACGGCGCAGAGCUGCAGGCCAUCGACAACUUCAUCGUGGCCAACGAGGAGCACGAGACGCUGCCGUACCACAUCCUUCGUCCAGGUAAUCUACCACAGAAUACGUGGAUCUAA